AUGCGACUCUCACUACCAUUUCUGUUACCCAUUGUGCUGCUGGCACAAGUGAUAGUCGCCCAAAACGCUGCGCUUAACACUCUACCCGUCAUCUGCGCCGGUGUCAAAGAAGUGUCAACAUGCAAGAUCAAAGUCAUCGUGCCGAGUGGUGUCAAGGUCAAUAUGAAGACAAUCAAGGUCCCCACGGUAGUGGAACAAAUGCAAAAGCCGCCAAUGGGCGGCAUGGAAUUGCCCAACCCUAAAAAAGCCCCUCAGGACCUGCUUAUCCUCAAGAUAACAAAGAAUUUGACUGACACUGGCUCAGGCUGGGAGAAGAAAUCGAGACAAGUCCCUUCCAGUAUAACCAUUCUCACCAAGGAGGUCGAUCUCUGCGAUGAGAUUCGUAGGGCGCUCGGCAAGGGUCUGGGAGACAAGUUCAUCAAGUCAGCAGAGGCCAUCUGCGGCUGCUUCACUCGCUUGCAAAAUUUCGCAACGACUGGUUCCUUCACGGCGAUGUCAAUUCGGGGUGAGAUGACAACAGCUACCACAAAGGUCGCGGACGACACCCUUAGUAUUGAAAAGUGUUUUGGAAAAGUUAGUCUACCAAUUCUCAACAACAAAGUUGAUGUUGCGAGUGUGCUCAAGUCGAUCGCUCCUUGGGUCAUCGCCCAAGCCAAGGAUAUCGAUCUUUCAGUCUUUCAAUCUCUCGCCCGCGUAGUCGCUGCCUGCCAAGCCGGCAACUGCAACGCAAACUCCAUCGGCGCCGCUGUCAACAAUUAUCUAACCCCCUCAUUCCAACUGAUGGAGCCCCCAAUCAAGUCGGUACUUGUUCAGUGGGAUGGUGCCCUAACUCGUAUCCAAGAAAGAGUCAAGGAUAUUAAUGAAGCGGCUAACUCUCUGGCAUCCAACUACGAUAUUAUGCGAGUUGAGUUCGAUUCAAGCAAGCAAAGGAUUUGCGAGGAACUGCAGCGGUGUGAUGGACAGGGAGUCCCAAGAUUCCUCGACCGGGUUGAUGAGGUUAUUGAAGCUGCCAACAGGCUCUGGCCAGUCCGAGGCCCCCUUGACGUUCCCUCUAAUCAGCUCGGCAAAAGGCUGGCUGAAACGAUUCAACUUAGAAAAGACAUCAAAAAGUAUCCGGAGGCGGCAGGUCUAGUCUCCAUGAUCAAGCAGAGCAAGUUCAAAAAGAUCAGCGACAUCUUCCUAUUCAUGCCCAUCGUGCAGCGCGUACCGGAGCUAGCCAAGCAGAUCAAGAACGACCUUUCACCACUCCAAGACAUCAUCAAACAAUACAAGCAGUCAUCCGGAGAAGCCCAAGAAAAUACAUGGUCCCUCAGCUGGUCCAACAUAAUCUGGCCAGAUACGGAACUCACAUCCGACUCACCCGAAGCAGAUGCCGCUUUGAUCGCCGAACUAAACGCUGUAGAUGAACUAGUCAGAAAAUACCUUUCAAGCCAUCUUCUCGCAUACAGCAACGGCAUGGUCAUAAUGGAUGCCGAGCUCAGGGGCUUCUCGGUAGUCAACGGGUCAUUUGCCAUGGAGACCAAGGUGGUGACGUAUAACCGGUGGACGACAAUCUCUAUAGAUAUGCCAUGCUCCAAGAAGGAGACCAAGGUGUACAGGAAGAGUGGGCUUCAAAAGUCCUUUUCGUGGAGGACGUAUUUCAAGUGCAAAGUGGUUCCCGUGACGGCAUAUUUCCCCAAGACUCAUGUGCCUUAUAUUAGGAUCCGAGGUGGAGCAGGAAUAGAUCCCAACGAUCAAUAG